AGAAUUACUUUUAUUGACUCUUUUCCUUUCCUGUUUCAGGAGAGAUAUUGGGAGUAUGCUGUGCUAUUAUCCACCACGACGAUUUGGCUUUCAUCGGCAUUUAUUGCGUUCGUAAGAAGUACCGAGGUCUAGGGAUAGGUUACAAGGUUUGGAAUGCAUGCAUGGAACAUAGCGGCACAAGGAAUGCAGCAUUAAAUGCCGUACCCGGUAAACUUGAGCUGUACCGAGACAGAGGUGGCUUUCCUAUUGUUGAAAGUGAAUGGGUGUGCAUAGUCAACGAGACGCAUGAAAAUGUCCACCCAGAAAAUUUGUCCGACAUAGUUCCAGAUGGUGUUGAAAUCCAAGAUUUUCAUGAGUCCCAUCUACCAUUAAUUUAUGAAUACGAUCUUAAUCUUAUUGGCUAUAACCGUGAACUAGCGCUUAAACUCAACUGCCAAGAAAAAGACAGUAAAUCCUUCGUAGCAAUCAAAGAUGGUGCAUGCGUGGGAUUUGGAACUAUCAAGAUCAGCUGUCAAGAGGCAAGUCAAGUAGGUCCAUUAUAUGCCAAUGAUUCCUCAGUAGCUGAAGUGUUGUUAAAGAAGCUCGUUUUCUCACUGCCACAAGCAAAAGGCUUUGCCAUGAUGACUAUUAGUACUAACGUACCCGCUAACGAACUUAUAAAGAAGAUUGGAUGCCCCAUGGCUGAAGAGUGUCCAAGACUUUACCGGAAAGAAAAACUGAAUGUGGAUAUAAGUAAAGUUUUCGCUCAUUUUGAUCUCAAUUUUUCACCUUUUUGAAGUCAUCAUCGCUAGGUGUGAAAAAGUAAUAGAUUUGCUCCAAAACCCUAACCACAAAAGAAUCGUGACUGCAUAAAUGAGCCGCUGCUAAAGAAAACUGUUAAUCUAAUUAUUUUUGAAUACCUUUAUCAACUGAUAUAUAAUAUGUUUAUAUCAAUUUGUACCAAGAAUGGUGAAGCAGAGUGGAUGCUAGCAUGUGCAAUCAAUAUCAAAAAUUACUUUUUUUAUGCACUGUAUUACUACAAUGUUACUUUAACGUCUGAUAAUAUUUAUUGAUUUUGUCUAGACUAUACAAAAGGAGUUGUCUUUUAAAAUUGCAUUUAAAACAGAAAAUGCAUUUGGAGUAAGUUAAAACAAUGCAAGUGCACAAUUAAUUUUCAUUUAUAUAUAUUUAUUAAUAUAAACUUAUAAUUACAUUCAACUCAUUAUACUCUUCUAGGAUUAUACGAAUAACUUACUCAGUUAAAAAUAAUCCAUACUUAGCGCAAUUUACUUUACUCAUCCAACAUUUCAAACUCCUUACUUGAGAGCAAAAAACGUCUGAAAUGAAAAUUUUGUUUUCUUAUUGGCAUAACUAAUAUUGAAAAAUUAACUUUGUUUUAUAUAGUUUUAAAGUUGAUACUAAUUGGGUAUUUUGUCUAAUAUUUUUUUUUUGUUUUUAUCUCAAGACUGAGGUAUUUGAAGCACGGUGCUAGUUCAUUAUUAGAUGUGAAAUAUAACUGAAAAUUGAAAAUAAGCGCGUUUUUCCUUAAAUACAGCAACACACUAGUUGUUGGAUAUAAGCAAUUAAUGACAUUCACGAUAUGACAGGGAAUGUAAACACUUGCAUACUCUUCUUAGCUCUAAAAUAUUUCUUAUUUCUGAGCCUUUUGGCCAAAAAUCUAAGCAAAUAUUUUUCUUUUUACACUAUUUUAUGUUUUGUUUGUAUGACAUCAUUGUUUCUGAAUUGGGAUUUCUGAAUUUAUUAAAAAUCAGCUUUUCAUGAAGUUAAAAAAAAUUAAGUUCUUAAAUUAUAGAAUGCAUGAUAAUAAUUAAAGGUGCUUUACUCACCCCUCCAUUUUCCUGCCAUAUAACGAUGACUUACAAGAGACUAAAUGUUGAUAUUUCUAUUGAAUGGCAGUUAAAAGAUUCACAUUUUUGCAUUGUGAUCUAUUGCAGUAACAGCUUUAAUAUUUUAAAUCAUCUAAGUAGUGUCAUUUUUCCUAUGACUUUGUAUAAAACUAAAAUGUAUCCUUUGUAUAAAACUAAAAUAAUACUUUCUAUAGUCUGAUAAAAACUGUGUUCAGCUAUCAAUUAAAUUUUAAAACUGGAAAAAUUUCAAAUAUUUAUAUUUCACUUGAAAUAUUUCAAAUUGUGAUACACAUAAAUUUGAGCUUCAAUCAGCGCACAAGUACAUGCAGAUAUCUUGUAGUAUUAAUUUAUUCAACAAAACCUCUUAUACAACUUUGCUUCAAAGCAGUAAUUUAAAAAGUUUGUUGAAAUAUAGAUUCAAUGUAUUUUCGUUUUACUGCGACAUUACAUUAAAAGAGUUUAGCCCCUGUU